AUGGCCUCCACAGGAAGUGCUCUCUUUGUUGUCAUGGUGACAGCCUGCUUGGCUUCUUGGGUGACAGGGCUGGUGUUUGGGAGCGUGCCUGUGGUCUACGCCUGGAUCAGGUACGACCCCGCAGAGAUGCUGUGUGCUGUCUUCUGGGAGAACAGCUACUCAGACAUGUUGCUCUACAUCCUCUGUGCCUUCUCCCUCUGUAUCUUCCUCCCCUGCGUCCUCAUCUUCUUCUGCUCUCUUCUACUGAGUGCCAGCAGCUGCCACUCCAUCUGGAACAGGUGUGAUGAUGCAGUAGACCUGUCUUCAGUCAGUCCUCUGCUGGUGUCCUUCUACAUGCUCUGCUACACUCCCUUCUUUGUGUCUGAGCUGAUCCUGCUGGGCAGGAGAGACCUGUCACCGGCACCUGAUUGGUUAAGGACACUGUCCUCUGUGAUGUCAUACCUGGACUGUGGUCUGAACCCUCUUAUUUACUGCUCCCAUCAGGACUUUCGGGAGGCGGGCCUAGCCCUGCUGUGGACCAAUAGGAAACCAUCGUCAGAGCCUGUCCUCACAUCUAUCACCAAGCGUGUAAAUGUGUGA